UUCUAAUGGGAAUUAUUAAAGUCCUCCUGGUUUAUUUAAGGCAGUGGGACGCACUAUAAGUGAAAUAACUCUUAAGCUGCUCUUUAAAUAAUUAGAGCAGGCAAUCAAGAAAAUAAGACAAUACCCUUACUGAAGCCUACCCCAUUUGUGACACAUAAUAUGUUUAGAUUGCUCUAUUGACUUUACAAAGAAGCAUGCAAGACUGAUCACAGGUGACAGAUGUGAUCGCUUCUAUCAGGAUGUGAGGGGCCAUACUUCAAAUUCAGUGUGAGUGUUGAGCUCCAUUUUCAACUAAUAGAAAUGGGAGUUUCAUGCGUUCAUUACAAGUAAAGAGUAUUCCCACUUGGUAUGAGGAGUGUGUUUCAGAAUGUUUUGUUCUGUUUUCUCCAAACAAUAAACGUUAGUGAGGAAGUGAGUGCUCUUAAAUAUGUUUUGAAACUUUUUUUAGUUUAAAGAUUUCUGAGAGAACUCAGGAUUUUUUUACUUCAAUAAAAAUGCUGCUGAUCUUUCAGAUGUUUAGCAAAAAGUGAGAGAAAUAGUUUUUCAGCAGCCGUUCUUUCCUUUUUCACUGCAGUGUUUAUAUCCACUUCCAGGGGAGAAUAACUCUCCAAUUUUUCAAGCAUAUUUAGAGAUUUCUGAAAAUUAUUUUUAAGUAUUCUUUUGGAAUAAAAGUUGAGGCUCUGGUUUUAGUUGAUAUUGUUACUGAUGAAAAGCAAGAAAUUGCUUGGAUUUCUGCCUUUAAUGAAAAAGAGAGGGAGCCAGGAAAUGCAUUGGGCAAAACUGCAAAAUCAAAUGGGUUCAACACACAGCUCUUAAGCAGAAAAAGAGACUUUGGAACAUGUACAUUUGCCAGAAAAGAAAACUGCUUUAUUGAAAGGUUAAUUUUUAGAUUAGUCUUGGGAAAUUUGAGAUAAAUAAAUGAGAUCAGACAAAAAACAUAAGGCCUGGAUCCUUUUUCCUGGAGUUUUCAGAACAUAGUUAUUGCUUGCAAGGAAAUGUUUUGACAUUUCCAGUAGGGAGAAAAUGUUAAUUGUAAUAUUGUAUAUGUGUUCUUAAUAACACUUGUGAAUAAAUCUUUUAUUUGUUUUAAGAGUAAGUGGAAAGUAAAAACAUGAUUAAAAUGUUAGCUGUGCUCUUUAUUCCUUAUGGUAGCUUUUCAUGCUUUCUAGGAUAUUAUGAUUCAUUUUCCAGGUUCAAAUAUAUACCAACUGAAGAACAUGCUUUUGCUUGUUUUAUAUCAGUUGCAGUUUUUAAAGGAGUCAUUACUGUCCUCCACAUAGGUCUGCCUGGGUCUCCUUUCUAAUUUUGUCGCAUCUUUUGCUCAUUCUAUAAUUCCUCACCUUUUUCCCUUAAGUCUAUGGCUUCUUUACUACAUUUAUAAAAAGUCAGCACUUAAAGACAGCACAACUCUGGUUCACUUGACUGUAUAUACAAUACACAUGCUAUUAAGCUGCUUAUUGGCAGGAAUGGUGAUUGUUUUUCUGAGCGGCCAUCUCUGUGGCCACCAACUCCCUGCUUUGUAUUUAACAGACACCCCAUAGUUUGUUGAAUGACUGUAAUACCCUCUUUACUUCUGCCAUGUGUCCCUGCCCCAGAAUUCCAUGUUGCAAUUGAUGACUGGAGCUACAUGUCCAAAGCAAAGGUCUCACCAUUGAAAAUUACAAUAUUACAUUGUUGAUGGUACUUUAGAGAGAAAUACCAACAAGGUCACAUGCUCAUGGACCAGCAGGAAGCCAAAUUAAAUGUCACUACCUGAGGCCCAGCCCUGAAAACAGACUGCCUAAGAAAUGGAAGGAAUCCCUAGUAUAGAAGAGCAGCAUCCACCCUUCCUGAUGUCAUGAUCUACAGCUAUGCAUAUACGUAACAUGCACACACUGGCCACCAUCCACUUGGAGAAACUACCAUUAAUAGUCCUCUUAGCAAGCAUUUACAAUCUCAUUUGGUAUUUGUUAACUUCUUAGUUAAAAGAUGUGAUGAUUCUUACAGAAAAUGCUGUUCCCUUUUUGAUCACUAUCUUUAAGUACAUGAAUACCACUUAAAUCACAUUAAACCUUGAAAACAAUCUCAAAAGCAGAUUUGAAUGGGAAUAAAAUGAUAAGUGCUUACAGUUUUCCACGCACUACUGGUCAGAGUACUAUUAAGCACCAACAGAAAAAGAAAACUACUAUCUAAUAGGAGUAUUCCUCAUUUAGGGGCAUUGCCAUAUGCUCUCUCUCAUGCCUUUGUAAAGAAAACAUAAAUUACAGAAUUGAACAGUUAAUGUAAGCUUUAGGUCUCAUGUAGAUUAGUGCUUCUGAGGUAGAAAAUAAUCAUGUACAAGGAACAGAAUAAAACUCACUUGCAGACAUCAGCAGCAUUUUCAACUGUGUACUUCCUUGGCAUGUUUUAAAACCCAAUGGGACCUAUGUGUCAUGGGAAGAUGGCUGGAUCCUGGUAUUAAAAGCCGGUCAGUAACAUUCGACAACAGAUUCAACUACUAACAUUUGCACAGCUAGAUUAAUGUUUUGGAGUCAGUCAGUCAUCAGGCUCAUUACUACUGGAUUUUCUCUGGUUCAUGCUAAUAAACUAGAUUAUUGAUUUUAGGAUUUUCUUUGUAUCCAAGGAUAUUCUCUAAGAUGUCUUUAUAAUGUUUCAUGCUUAAGCUGUCAACCAAAAUGACAUAACAAUGAGUAAUCAUUUUCUAAUCAUGUUAAAAGGGGUUAAAAACAGCGUAUAAAAUGAAUCUUAGCAGCUUCAGAGUAACAUUUGCGCUGACACUCCGCUAUCUGGGUGGAGGUCAUUCCUACCUGCCUGCCAUCUUCCCCAGGAAUUAACUAGCUGCAUGCACAGCUUAAGACCUUUGAUAGUCAUAAAUCUGCUUUCCAAUAUGUUUGGAUGGCAGAAGAGCUCAAAAGACACCUCAGUCUAAAUAGGAUUUUAGCACAUCAGGUGCUAUUACAAAGUAAAGCAGGCUGGGUUGCUGUGUUGGUGGUGGUGUUUAUUCAUCUUCCCUUCGCGUUUCAUGUGUAUGUAUGCUUCUCUGCGUAUAUGCCCAGCUCUCAGGGUGUAUGGGGCUAGCGAAUGCAUGCGUAGAGUGUGUGUAUAUGUAAAGUAGAAACUGAACCAGGGAAACAAAAUGAACUACUGUAUGCAAGAAAUAUAUGAAGUGCACCCAGCUGCCGGCAGCAAUUGCUACAUGCAGUCCACUGAUUAUUACGCGUAUUUCGAAGACAGUCCGGGUUACAGUGGUUGCGAUGCUCAGGCUGUGCCCAGUAACAACAUAUAUAUGGAACAGGCCUGGGCAGUGAAUCAGCCUUAUACCUGUAGUUACCCUGGAAACAUGUUUAAAAGCAAGGACUCUGACUUGGACAUGGCCCUGAAUCAAUACAGCCAACCUGAAUAUUUCACUGAAGAAAAGCCUACUUUUUCUCAAGUGCAGUCGCCAUCGUAUUCUCAGAAAAAAGGGUACAUCCCCAGUUACUUAGACAAGGACGAGCUCUGUGUAGUGUGUGGUGACAAAGCCACUGGGUAUCACUACCGCUGUAUCACGUGUGAAGGCUGCAAGGGUUUCUUUAGAAGAACCAUUCAGAAAAAUCUCCAUCCAUCCUAUUCCUGUAAAUAUGAAGGAAAAUGUGUCAUAGACAAAGUCACGCGAAAUCAGUGCCAGGAAUGUCGCUUUAAGAAAUGCAUCUAUGUUGGCAUGGCAACAGAUUUGGUGCUGGAUGACAGCAAGAGGCUGGCCAAGAGGAAGCUGAUAGAGGAGAACCGGGAGAAGAGACGGCGGGAAGAGCUGCAGAAGUCCAUUGGGCACAAGCCAGAACCCACGGACGAGGAAUGGGAGCUCAUCAAAACAGUCACCGAAGCCCAUGUGGCGACCAAUGCCCAAGGCAGCCACUGGAAGCAAAAACGGAAAUUCCUGCCAGAAGACAUUGGACAAGCACCGAUAGUAAAUGCCCCAGAAGGUGGAAAGGUUGACUUGGAAGCCUUCAGCCAUUUUACAAAAAUCAUCACACCAGCAAUUACCAGAGUGGUGGAUUUUGCCAAAAAGUUGCCUAUGUUUUGUGAGCUGCCAUGUGAAGACCAGAUCAUCCUCCUGAAAGGCUGCUGCAUGGAGAUCAUGUCCCUUCGCGCUGCUGUGCGCUAUGACCCAGAAAGUGAGACUUUAACCUUGAAUGGGGAAAUGGCAGUGACACGGGGCCAGCUGAAAAAUGGGGGUCUUGGGGUGGUGUCAGACGCCAUCUUUGACCUGGGCAUGUCUCUGUCUUCUUUCAACCUGGAUGACACUGAAGUAGCUCUCCUUCAGGCUGUCCUGCUGAUGUCUUCAGAUCGCCCAGGACUCGCCUGCGUUGAGAGAAUAGAAAAGUACCAAGAUAGUUUCCUGCUGGCCUUUGAACACUAUAUCAAUUACCGAAAACACCACGUGACACACUUUUGGCCAAAACUCCUGAUGAAGGUGACAGACCUACGGAUGAUAGGAGCCUGCCAUGCCAGCCGCUUCCUGCACAUGAAGGUGGAAUGCCCCACGGAACUCUUCCCCCCUUUGUUCUUGGAAGUGUUCGAGGAUUAGACUGACUGGAUUCAUUCUCAUAAUUCCUACAGCACUACUGGGUGUCAUUUCAUUCCAUUGCCUAGCUCUUUUUUGUUUGUUUCUUUGUGUCAGGAGGGAUUUUUUGGGAGGGGAAAGGGAAGUAGUCCUUGGCAUAGACAUGGAUGAAAUUGCCCCUUGAAUGCGGGUACUUGAAACUAUUGCAUUUUGUUCUCCAGUCCUUUGAUGUGAAUGCUCUGAAGGUUUUACGGUUGUGGAGAUGGGGUGGGGGACAAUCAUUAACUCACCAGCACCCAAGCAUCACCAGCUCCCACCCGUCCCUGGUCUGAGAUUUGAGCGAGCAAAACGGCACUGCAGGACACUAAAGAAGCCUUAAAACCAAGAUAAUACGACCACCUCCACCCAAUCCUGAUGUUUGCAGGGCUCAAGUUAGCAGAGCACAGACCACCUUUAGUUAGAUGUGGCUUUCAGCUUUUUAGAGAAAGAAUUGAACAAAAUUUCAUCUAUUCAAGAGCGUGCUAUUUCCAGCACUCUUUAUGAUCUCCCAGGAGCAUAACUUGGAAUGUACAGGAAUAUUUGUGUCCCGAAAAAUCAGCUUCCCUUCCAAUAUCAUUUUUAUAACCUUAUGAUUUAAUUCAAAUUAUACCAGGGCGUGACCAAGGAUAUGCAGGUAUUUGACUGAUUGAGGCCAGCAAGGAAAAUACCUGUUUUCAGUGAGCCCAGAGAAAUUAGAAAUCUUCACCAAUGUCCGUGACUCCAUGGUUUCCAAAAAUUCACAUAGUAUGACCUCACAGUAGGAAGGCUUCUUUACCAUUUAGGCUCAGUGAACACUGUUACAGAAAUCAAACCUAUUUACAGGGUGACACCCGUUUUCUGUGGCAUCUGAUCUAUCUCCCAAGCUCCUGAAGUUCUUUAUCCAGGUUGUAUCUUUGCUGACCUGACAAGAUUUCCCUGUGGAUCAAAUCUUCUAACCAAGGAAAGAUAAGGUGAAAUUUCAGUCUUCUGGAGAAAUUUUGAGGAGAGAUUAGUGCAGCUACAUUCUGAGUUGAAGGAAAUGCAGUGUUCUGAGAGCCCCUUCAUGUCCUAAUGGCUGGAAGAUGCUUCCUUCUGCUUAGAUCCUCAAGCUCCUUGCUUCAUUGACCAAUAUCUUCUAGUCCCCUUUUUCCCUCUGAUUCUGAGACACUAAAUAGCUUGACUAUCUCUAAACAGAGUGGCCCUGCCACUGACCCUCCUGUCCGUCUUCUAGCCCACCCUGACAGAUAGAUACUCAACAGAAAACACCUGCAGACCAUGUGUAUACUUAUCUUUCCUGCCCAACCUGCCUCCCCAAUGGCCUGUGCUGGAAUAGCUUGUGCCCAGAAAACAAACGGUGACGCCUCAUCUCUUCAGUGUCAGAAAAUGGGCAUAGAAUGUACCCAUGCAAUUGAAUGUAUCUCAUUCUCCACUGGCGUAGUAGAUAUAAACUAUUCCUUUGCCUACCUUUUACUGCCUUAUCCUGGAAAUAUUGGGGAAAAUAAGCCAUAUCAGUGAGAUUUACCUAAAAACAAAGGAAGGAAAGUCACUGUGAAAACCAAGUAGAUUUUUUUUUUUUAAGUUUGGUGGGGCAAUACUAGCCCAGAAGUCUGGGUUCCUGAAUUCUAGUUCGUGCUCUGUCAACUGGUAGAUUUGUAACUUUAGGUCUUGGUUUUCUCACCUGAUAAAUAAGUCAUGAUCUCUAAAACCCUUCCUACCCUUAAUAUUGUAUGAAUUUCAGGGGGUAAAAAAUCUGGUUCCUUUGUUGGUUUUUUUAACACUUAAAUUUCUAACUUUAUUAGACAAGAAGCAUGGCCCACUUAACAGUUAAGAAACAUACAUUUGGUAUGAACUCGAAAUAAUAAUUUGACACAAUACUAGUCAACUAUUUAGAGGCCUUGGAAAAAGAAGAGGAGCAGUGCCGAAAAUUCCAAGUAUGAUUGGAAAUAAUCUGGGGGCAGGGAAUUAAAUGUUCAAUGCACAAAAGCAAUUGUACUGGCUUCUGGGAAAAAGGAGACAAGAACAUUGCUAUAGAACUUGCUAUCCAAAGGAAGUAGGUGAAAAGAUUUACAAUUAUAGGCACGAAGUUCAUUGGCAGAUUACCUGCUGUAUCUACAGAUUGUUUUUGGGUUUGGUUUUGUCUAGGCAGCCUCUAGCCAGGUUCCUUAAGUGUUUGCUCUGCUAACAUUUCAGCCUUCUCUCUAGAGUCCUUGAGGAAACACUCUUUGAAAGAUAAACACUUAGCCACCUCUCCGCUCCAGGGUAACCCUGGGAAGCUCUGCUGUCUGGGGCAAGCUUUCUUUCCAAAGGGAAUGACAAGAAGGAAAGCAGGCAGGGUCCUGCAGCAUCAGGCCUUCUGGGGAAAGUUUCCUCAUUUUGUUAGACAGGAUCCUCAGUACAUCGGACACCCAGAUUUGAAUGUAAGUUCAGAGCCUGAUCUCAAGCUAAAUCAGAAUGCUUUGGGUACUAACCAUGAUCAAGAAUUGGCCAUAUGGUAAGAUAUACAAACGGCCAACCAGCCAGCCCCAAGUAAAGGCACGUUUGAUCCUUGGCACCCUAAAUGAUUGCCUUCAAUAGGCAAACUGCUGGUCUGGAAAUCUUGUUGAAGGCUGAAUACUUCAUGUUGAGUAGGACAAGUCUUAGCACACUUCAGAUUGAAAGAAAAGGCCAUAGGACUCAAAGGAUAAUGACUCUGAAACUAAACUCCUUCCUUCUGAAGCUGACAGAGGUUCGUAGUGCAUCUCAAGACUCCAUCUCAUAAAACUCAUUUGUGAGGGAUUUGCUCUAGAUUUUUCUAAACAUUUUUUUCAUCUAUUGUCCAGACUUGCAAAUCAAGUGUGGACCUGAUGGAGACACCCUGCACACCUGCGCUCUCACCCCUUCAGCAGGGAGACGUCUCAGUAGAGGAGAACACACCCGUUAUGCUGGGAUUCGCAUUUCUAAAUCACUUCCCUUUUAGGGAUGAGCGAUGUGGGGUGUGUGUGCGUGUGUGUGAGUGUGUGCGCGUGCGUGUGUGACCCCCAAGUGUACUUUGCUCUUCAAUUUAGAUGUGCAGUAUUUCCAGACACAGUGAAAAAAGUAAGAUGUUUUCUUCUUUAUGAUUCUGCUCAAAACACCACGUGCCGCCUCAGAGCUUUUUCUAGAGCCUCGGUCCUCAAAGACGCGCUUGACGUGUUGAUGCCUCAGCCCAGCAAAGCCCCUUCACCUGUGCCCCGGACGACAGCUCUUCAGUGUGCAGUGCAGGCCUGGGGUGGACUGCCAGGACCUCGCUCUGUGCCAGCAACGCCAUUCUUGUUGCUCCUCCAUGAACAGGGGUACAAGCCCUAGCCCCUCCUCGACACUAAGCCCCCCACAGACUCAGCCUCCACGGAACCGCUGAGCGCCCCUCGAAGCAUGUCAUUGUCAGUGAUACCUUUUUAUUCUAUGGACUCUAACCUAUUUGUGUCAUAUUGACCUUUUGCUGCAUGAGUCAUAAAUUACGAAAUCAGUCUUAUGGUUUUUGAAAUGUAGCCAGCAUUUGUAAGGCUAAACCUUUUUCAUGAACUGAAUUUAAGUGAAUAACCAAGCCACAGUUCCUCUUCAAACGGAGAGUGAUGAUCGACAUUUGAAUCUCUUUGCCCUUUCCAACGGCUAUGGCAUCAGGUUCUAAAAUAAGCUCGUAAUUUUUCCUGUUAUUUUAAUAAUAUGGAAAUAUUAGCAUAGUGUUUCUUUUGAUAGUGAUAGACUAUAAUCCAUAUUUAAAUUUUAUAGAGAAGAAAUUUUAUUGUACUGUGAUGUAGAUAUUUAUUAUCCAGGUAAGGAUUUGCCCGGUGUGUAUUUUUUACAACUGAGACAUUUUACUUUAAUCUUUUAAAAAAAAAAAAAAAAAAAAAAACGCAUUAAAAAAAAAUUUAAAAAAAAAAAAAUGACUGGGGGAAAAAAGGUUUGGCCUUAUCACAGAAUUUUUACUGUGCUGUAUAAAUGUUUGCAAAUGCGAAAAGUGUGCAUUUAUAGUGUGUUUCCACAUUAAUUAAUGCCGCCUUCAAGAGCAAUAUUGUGCAGGUAAAACGCUGUUUGUGGCUUUCUGUUGCACAGUUAAAGCUGACCCACCCUAUGCACAAGACAAUCAAAUAUAUAUCUGUCCUCCUCAGGAUGCAGAUAAUGCUCGUGUAAAUUAUGGAGCACAAUGUAAGGCAAAAGAAGACACUUUACAUAUGUAUUGUUGAUACAGAAAUUAUCAGGGCAUGAAUGAGCUGAUGUGACAUUACGCCAUUUCUUUCUUUUGGUUUUUCCUUAAUAACUUGGCACUUUUAAUUUGACCUUAGAGCCAAAUUAGUUCUCCAUGCUUUCCUCAUAGAAAACCCUUUUUGUUCCCAUAAUGUUUUCAUGCCCUGAGAAUCAGAAAAAUACUAAAGAAUAGGAAAAGAUUUACAGUCAUUGGAAGACUUGUGUUUUGCAAACAGUGUUAAGUGAUAUUGCUAGAUGGUGAUAUUUUUUUCAGCCUAAAACUCUGUUGAAAUCUGUGAUCAAAAUGUUUUAAACUAUCCAAAAAAAAUUUGUAUAUUUGGGAAAAAUGGAUUUUUACAUAGCUUUUGUAUGCAGAUAUAAAACUGUAAUUAUGAAUAUAGUGGGCGUAGAUAAACUCAUAAGCUUAAAUUCUAAAAAAGAAAAAGCUUAUAACAGA